AUGGUUCGCGAGGCUGAGGAAUUCGCCGAGGAGGACAAGAAGGUCAAGGAUCGUAUCGAUGCCCGAAACGGACUCGAAUCAUACCUGUACAACCUCAAGAACACUUUGGAGAUGACGAGAAGGGUCUUCGUGACAACUGUGCUGCCUGAAAGACAAGAAGGAGCUUACCGACAUGAAUUGACGGACUUUGGACUGGAUGGACGAAACCCAGAAGCUGACAAGGAAGACUACGACGGAGAAGCUGAAGGGAAGUUGAGAAUGUUUGCCAACCCAUUAUUUGCGAAACCUUCUACGCUGCGGGAAGGAGGCGGCGGCGGAGGUGCUGAUGCCGACGACUUUGGUGAUGAUGAAUUGUAA